CAGACACAGGCACAGCUAGUUCCUUGGCCUUCAUUCUAACCCUGGGCCCAUUAGAGGAUGGGCCUGUAACUGUCUGACAGAAGCUAUCGCCACCACAACUCGGAAGGAUCUGGACUCAGGAAGAUGGCAGAUCUCUUUGGCCGGAGAGAUAACAUUUAUCACAAUGAAACUGAGACCACCAUCCCCAGAGCCAACAGUAUGUCCAGGCCAAGUGGAAAGGCCAUCUACCGCCAGCGGAAGGAAUAUGCUGAACUGAUGGCAAAGCAGCAAAAUGAAUUCCAGUACCGGGUGGAGCACCUUUUUACUGGCUAUGUGGAUGGCAAGGACAUUUGCAACACAGAGAGCUGUAUUAGUCAGCUAAAGAUGAUGGAUGCCCAAGGCCAGGUGUGGGGCCAAGAUAUGCUUUUGAAUGUGAAAAAUCACAAGUUGCUGCUGACUGACACUGAAGCAGAGGAGGAGCUGGAUUGCUAUCCCCUGGAAUCCAUCCAAGAAUGCACCUGCAUCCUUGACAGCUGCAUCUACAACUCCAUCUUGGCCAUCACUGUGAAAGAAAUGAGACCACACCGGACUAGCAUCAUGCUCUUUCAGUGCGAGCAGAUUGGAGCAGAGCUGUUGAAAACCAAAGUGGAGAAGGCCAUUGAGGAGUGGAGAGGCGAACAGCAGAGUCAGGAUUUCUUCAGGAACAACCUGGAGAAUAUGUUGUCUCAGCACAGCAGGCCAUCAAUCAAUGGUAAACCUCCACGGCUUUCCCAGGACAGAAGGGCUCCAGGGCCAAUGGGAAUGGACCAUGCUCCCUCUCCAGCACCAGCACCUUGGCAGCAGCAGGAAGAGCAUCCUUGGAAAGCUAGCCCAGUCCCCCUGGACUACAGAAGAGAAACUGAACAGGCGCUUGGUCGGCAGCAGAAAGAUGAGCCCGCAAGGGAGGAGUCUGAGCUUCAAAUGAAGCAGGACGAAAGGAAUGUUGAGAUCCUGAACCAUGUUCUGAGUGACAUUGAAGUCUUUGCGGAGAAGGUGCAGAGGGCCAGUGGCUCCCUGAGUAACAAGAAGAAAAAGAAUCAGAAGAAGAAAAAUCAGGGGAAUGAGGCACUGCCUCUACAGCCUGAAUUCAAGGAGUGCUUCCAGAAAAUCAAAUACAGCUUCAAUCUGCUGGCGAAGCUCGAACAUACCAUGCAACAGCCAAGUGCUCCUGAAAUGAUCCAUCUCAUCUUUUCUACAUUGUCCACUAUUUUGUCCAAUUGCCCUUGGGCUGAACUGGCACCUGCGGUGGCCUUACCUUUGCUGAUUCCUUCAGCUAUUGACCUGCUAAGCCGCUCCUUGGAUUCAGCUGAGCAGCUUACUUGGAGGAGCUUGGGAGCUGCUUGGAAUCUGUCUAGGGCAGAGCAUCCAGAUGGACAAUCCAUCCCUCCAUAUAAACCCACAUUCUCAGAUGGAUGGGUACUUCCUGAGCCCAUUCAGAAGCAUAAUUCCAUGGAUCUGACCUACAGUGGAAACCAGAAUACCUUCUCAGACAGGGCAUCUGAUCCUCCCCAGGUCAUGCAAGCCAUGUAUGAGUUUCAUGCAAGAAAUUCUAGGGAGCUCACUGUAAGGAAAGGAGAUCUGUUGGAGGUUUUGGACCAACGGAAAAAAUGGUGGCUUGCUAGGAAUACCUCAGGGGAGAAGGGCUAUAUCCCUAACAACAUCCUGGAACCUCUGGAGCAGAAACCGCCCAAGGGAGAUGCCAUGGAGCAAGUCUCAAGAGGCUUUCCUGAUCUCCAGCCAAGUUCCACACCAGCAGAGGUCACACUUUGGCUCAGAUCAAAAGGUUUCUCCAAGAUCACAGUUAAGUCUCUUGGCAUCCUUAACGGAAGACAGCUUCUAUCAAUGAGCCAAGAAGAGUUGAAAACAGUCUGCCCAGAAGAAGGGAGAAGAGUUUUUCUCAUGCUUAUGACAUGAAAGCAACACUAGAGUAUGGUCCUCUGGAGUAACCUGCUGAAAGUUGGCUAUAUAGCAGCUAAGAGAUCACAGCACAAUGGGUGGCUAUUUAAAAUCCAAACUGCUUCAAGAACAUAUCACCCAAUGCAUUGUAUCCAUGGUGAAUAUUUGUACACACAGAAGGAAGUUGUACAUAGUGGAGCCAGAAGACCAUGAAAUGCAAGAAGUAUGCAACGUUCAGAUGUACACAAGUCCAGUGGCAAUUUACAACAGCAGUAACUGAUAAUAAAUCUUUCUAGUUUUAGUAUGCCAGCUGUAAACACUUGUGUAAGAGGACUUCGGUCUCAAUUAGAAAUCAAUAAAUUGAUUUCUGAUUUCUUGCCAAUAAACUCCUAUUCAGCAAUUUC